AAACUUUUGCAAGAAGUAGUAAGAUAUCGCGAUGUUCGUGUGUCGAGAAUUAUUGCUGGCGGUGACAAUCUUGUCAACAAGCAUCGUACUCGCCGAUAUUCUCGUCCAACCAGGUUAUGAACAUCAAUAUAACACCGAUCUGCAAUACCAAACAUUCGGCGUACGGGAUACUUCGCAACAGUUUCAUAACACGUAUUACGGAGAGUCUCCGUCAAACUUGCAAUUAGUAAGUUAUCCGCAUCAUUAUUAUCAUCGUCCGUACUAUCAUCGCUAUCAACAUCCGUCAACGUAUUAUCAUCGUACCAGCAUACAACACCAUCAACAGGCACCGUCGCACUAUUAUACAGUGACAGCACAUCACCGAUACAAAAGAUCACCAGAUUCUACAAACGCCGAAUCCAAUAAAACCACAAUUGCCUCACGUGAUGCUGUUCCCACGAUCUCGACCUUAGAUGAUUCACUUAUGACCACCAUAAUGCCUCCUCCUUAUUUGUAUCAUAAACAAACGAUGGAUACAAUUACUAAUAGGCGUGUGGAGAAUUCUCCGAGUGAGAAAGACCAUUCCUUCAGGUUAACGGGAUUACUUGGACUCAAUCCGAAUAACAUGCUCUCUCAAAACCGCCAAAUCAAAAGCCAACAAUUAGAAAGCGACAAAAAACAAUAUUCAAACAUUUUUCCUCUUCUUAUUAGCUCAAGCAAAAACACGUUAAGACAAAGAAAACAUCAUAACCAAGCAAUUUCUCACACUCCUUCUGUGACUGACGGUUCAUCAAAACCAACUGUAGGAACUGUGUCUACGACUAAAGUUUGUUUUAACAAUACUCGACGUAAAAAUAAUAUGACGUUCUCCUUCACCUUGCCUUCUUCUAACGGUUUGUCCUAUUCUCUAAUACUACCUGUAGAUCCACAACAAACAACAGAUAAUUAUGACAGCAAUACGCUUGACGGAAACAACAUACCCUAUUAUAUAAAUACAGGUGCAUCAAGUUAUUUAAUUCCGAAGACGUAUAAAUCACUAAAUUUCCGUCCCUUUCAAGGAGUUUCCGCGAAUUAUUAUCCAGUAAGUCCGAGAAAUCUUGCUCCACAAAGAUACGUACCAAAUUAUGUGAUUCCGAUGACGUAUACAUCACCAAAUGUUCCAUCCGUUCAACAAAUUUCCACGUACAAUUACCCGGUAAGUCCAAGAUGCAUCGCUCCACAGACUUACUACAGUAUCUAUCCUUCAACUUAUAAUAACGUGCCAUACGUUUAUCAGACGUUUUCGUCCCCAGCUUAUUAUUAGUAAGAUAUUGUUAUAAAUAUGACGCUGUGUGUGCCAUCGAUUUUAUCGGCUGCAUCACCUUGACGUAACAAGUCGAUUGACCGUAAUGAUUUAACAUGAUCCAUUUAUUAUGAUUAUUCUACCGUAUACACACACGUAACUUUACACAGAGCGCGCGCCUCUCAUCAAGUCCCUGCCCAUUAAUUAAGUUUUUGCACACAGUUUUUUUUAGAUAAGGGAUAAAAAGUUAAUUUGAUAAGGCAAUGUAUUGUACAUUAAUUUCUUAU